AUGGAUAGAAAUAAACCUCCCGAUCCGCCCGAUAUUCAUCUACCCUCAAACAUUCAAUUACCGUCAACGCCUACAUCGGGUUUUUCUUACACACCGAUAUUAACAGCUUCUUUAAGUGAUUUUAAUGCAGUUGAAAAUUUAUCACGGAAGCGACCAACUUCACAUGAAGGAUCUACAAAAGAAAUUCCGAACAAACAAAAAAGGCAAAACGAAUAUAGAAUAAAAUAUAAUGAAUCUGAUAUUCGCCCUUUUUUAGUUCAUGUUUCCCGUUUGGAAAGAGAUCCCUCAUCUGGUACCACAUUACACCCUAUUAAAUUCGGCCAAUUUCUAGAACGCAUGCGAUUCUCAGGCAUUCUUCGAGAUGGAGUAAAACGAGUAGGUCGCAAUAAAGUGUCUAUAGAAUUUAGCAACGCAGAAAAUGCAAAUAAUUUUAUUACUAGUCCCUCAGUUACUGAACAUGGAUAUGCUGCUUCUAUCCCAACGUACAACAUUACACGUAUGGGUGUCGUGCGAGACAUUCCAACGGACUGGUCUCCCGAGGAAAUUAUUGAAAAUCUAAAAGUCCCUUCUGGAAUAGGUAAAAUUAUUAAGGCUCGUAGAAUAAACAAAAAAAAUAUAGUCAACGGGUCCCCUGAAUGGCAACCGACUCAAUCGGUAAUCCUAACAUUUGACGGUCAAGUUCUUCCUACUCGAAUUUACUGUUGCUACACAGCAUUAAAUGUAGAAUUAUAUAAAUAUCCAACCGUGCAAUGUUUUAAUUGCUGUCGUUUUGGUCACACUAAAAUACAGUGUCGAUCCCAACAGCGCUGCUUUAAGUGUGGUCAAAACCACUCGGGCGAUAGUUGCUCCGUGUCGGAAGGUGAUUCAUUAUGUAUUUUUUGCUCCGGUAACCAUUUCUCAACAAAUAAAAACUGCCCUGAAUUUAUAAGACAAACCGAGAUAAAAUGCGUCAUGGCGGAGAAGAACGUAUCUUAUGUAGAAGCCGCUAAGAGUUUCCCCGCAUCUUACAAAUCGUACGCAGAUGUAUCAAAAGCUUCUCCUUCCCCUUCUUUACCAUAUUUAAUUCCCUCAAAGUCGGUCACUCAUCCAUCUACUACAUCCUACAAAAAAACCGUAUUCUCCAACCCUAAGUCAAGACCCAUUACAACUCCAGGAUAUGACAAACAAGCUCAUCGGGCCAUCCUAAAAGAAUUUAGUAUUCCUCAAUCCGAAAAUGGACACGCUUUACAGACAGACUCGACUAACUCAUAUGACAAUUCUGCCACAAUUACGGAACUCCUAAUAAACCUACUCGUUAAUUUAAUAAAUAAGAAUAAUUAUUCUAUACCUGACCACGUUGCAUCUACUUUAAUAUCAAUUUUAAACAACAAAAAUGGAUCCACUCAAGUUUCUACAAUGGAACGCUCGGAGCAUCCUCAGUAA